UGCUACGGCUGUUCUAAAAGGGCUGUGGCGGGAGUCAGACUGGAUUUAGUGUGUGCUGUGCAGUGCUAGGAGGAAUAAUCGGAGCAAGUCUUUGUGUUUUACACCUACACCACACAUUUGACCAAAAUGUCCACCGAAGCUGCUGAAGUUAAGGAAAUCGAAGAAGCAACUACAGAGGAGCAGCAGGAGAUGCACGAUACAGUGGUGAGCCCGGAGAAGGCGGAGGAAGCCAAGCUGAAGGCCAGGUACCCCCACCUGGGUGCCAAGCCAGGGGGCUCAGACCUGCUGCGGAAGCGGCUACAGAAGGGCCCAAAGUACUUUGACUCAGGCGACUACAACAUGGCCAAGGCCAAGAUGAAGAACAAGCAGCUUCCGGCAGCUUCUGCCGCCGCCCCAGAGAAGGUGGAGAUCACCGGCGACCACAUCCCCACCCCCCAGGACCUCCCGCAGCGCAAGACCUCCCUGAUGGCCAGCAAGCUCGCAGGCUGAGAGCAAACACCACCUCUGAGACACAUCUCCUCUCUCUCUUCCUUUUUCUCCUCUCCUCCUCCUCCUCCCUCCCUCCUGGUCCUGCUCUCUUUUCACCUCCCUCAUGGUCAGCAAGCUUGCAGGCCAGCAGCACUUCCCAAAAAAACAUCUAUGCUCUCCUCCUUUUUUCCUACCCUCUCCUCUUCUUUCCCUCUCUCUUCCUCUCCCUCCCUCUUCCUCCCCUUCCUCUUCCCCCUUCCUUCUCUCUUCCUCCCCCUUCCUCUUCCCCCCCUUCCCUUUCCUCAUCCUCUAUCUCCCCGCCCCCUAUAUUCUCACUCCUCUCUCUCCUCUGCUGCCCCAACACCACCCUUGCACAAGAGCUCUGAGAAAGAACACCAGCUCCACCAGUCGAAACCCCUGUGCCCCCCCCUCAAUGACUCCAGGCCCGUCCAGUAGUGCUGCUUCAAGAACGAUGAUGUCAUCAGAGCGACUAGGCUGUUGGAAGAGGCUUUUUUUGUUGCAGAGGUGGCUCCAAACAUUACUGUGUACUAUUAUAGUAGAGACGGUGAAUUUUUUUUUAGCAUCAUCUGUUCUUAUGGUAGAAAGAAGGCAAACGGCAUACUGUGUGUUUAGUGUUUUACGGUUUUAAGGCCCCAAAAUCCUGAAGAUUUCUUCAUCAUUGCAUCAUGAGAACUCUUCCUGAAUGAUUUCACGCGCAUCCUAUCUAUCCUCCCUCUGGGCAGUGAGAAGACGCAGGCUCUCCUAUAGCUCUCCGCCACGCCGCCGCUCCUGGAUUUCCCCACCCAGUUUAAGGCCUUAUAACCCUCCUCCACACGGCCAUCACCUGUGGACAUUUGGGCAAUAUUUGUCCCACUUCCCUGAGUGAGCCCUUCCAGGUCUCUGCUUCGACUGACACCAGUGCCACUUACGUUCUAUGGCUUGGAAAACGUGGAUUAAGGAUGAACUCAGAAGUGUGUGUAUGCAUUUAAUGUCACGUUUGUGCCAAUGGUUUUGUAAAUAAAAAUAAAAAGUUUUGCACUAUA